GUGCUGUGCUUCACCAUGCUGGGGCUGGGCUGCACGGUUGAUGUGAGCCAGCUGGGGGAGCAGGUCCGCAGGCCGGUGGGGGUCCUGCUGGCUCUCAUCUGCCAGUUCGUCAUCAUGCCGCUGGUGGCCUUCCUGCUGGCGCUCGCCUUCUCUCUGGAUGAUGUGGCAGCCAUGGCGGUGCUGCUGUGCGGCUGCUGCCCGGGGGGGAACCUGUCCAACAUCCUGUCCCUGCUCAUGCACGGAGACAUGAAUCUCAGCAUCAUCAUGACCAUCUCCUCCACCCUGCUGGCUCUGGUUCUGAUGCCGCUGUGCCUCUGGAUCUACAGCCGGGCCUGGAUCAACACCCCGGUGGUGAACCUGAUGCCAUUUGGGGCCAUAAUCCUGACUCUGUGCAGCACCCUGAUCCCCAUCGGGCUGGGGGUGCUGCUGAGGUACCGGAACACCCGGGUGGCAGACAUCGUGUUGAAGGUGUCCCUCUGGUCCCUGCUGGUGACCCUGCUGCUGCUCCUCCUGCUGACGGGGGCCCUGCUGGGUCCGGAGCUGCUGUCCUCGCUCCCCCCCUCGGUGUACGUGGUGGCGCUGCUCAUGCCGCUCUGUGGCUACGCGGCGGGCUACGGCCUGGCCGUCCUGUUCGAGCUCCCCCCCGCCAGCCGCCGCUCCGUCUCCCUGGAGACGGGAUGCCAGAACGUGCAGCUCUGCACCGCCAUCCUGAAGCUGGCCUUCCCCCCCCAGCUGAUGGGGGGGAUGUACGUGUUCCCGCUGCUGUACGCCCUGUUCCAGGCGGCCGAGGCGGGGGUCUUCAUCCUGGCCUACAGGACGUACCGGAGGAAGGUGCUGCACAAGGAGGAGCCGGCGGGGGGGGGCCAGGACACCGGCAUCACCUACCAGAGGUUCGAGGACGACGAGGACUUCGAGUCUUCGUAUGGAGCGGUGACCUCCAGUGGCCCCAACACCAUCACUCUGGACCCCUGCCCCCCCCACCCCACCCCCGUCUGAAGGAAGCCUGGAGGACGUCUGCAGCUCACAGUCCUGCUGUGAACCCAGACCUCUUGAGACCCCUAAGUCUUAAGUUAGAAAUGUAGAGUAGGGGUCUCCAGCAGAGAGCAGCUGCAGAUGCUGGGACGUUCAGCAUCAGUACCGUUCAGCUCCACCGGGCCGGCUGAUUCUGGGUCCAUCCUAAAGCUUUAGGAAACUCAAAACUGCCAUUUUGGAUCCUUUAAUGUCAGGAAUGCACUCAGCAUCCGCACUAACCCCCAAAACUGUCCAAAUCAGUCAAGCCAUGCUUUAACUAGUGUCAGCUUGUGCUAAUUAACGCAACUUAUGGUAAAUCUGCAAACGUCCCAACAUCUGCAGCUCAGCAUCCAGCUGUUUCUAUGCGCUGGAGACCCCUACUCUACAUUUCUAUUUUACACUUUGGGGUCUCAACACCCCAGGGUUCACUGAGCUGGCAGGACCAGGAGACUCUGCAGGGACACUUUAUCAUCCUAAACUGCAUUAAUUAUUCAAUUAGUACCUGAUGAUCGAGCUGAGACUGUCCAAAGAUCUGCAGCUUCAUUUAGAGAUGUGUGAACCUGCAGUCUGAACAUCAAUCAAAGUAACAGUGCUUUAGUCUGUGUGUGUGUGUGUGUGUGUGUGUGUGUGUGUGUGUGUGUGUGUGUGUGUGUGUGUGUGUGUGUGUGUGUAUAACCCUACCCCUAAAAAGGGAUGAAAAGUUUAUAAAGAAUAAAUAUAAAGAGAAAGAAAUACAUAUUUGUAUAUUGAAAUAAAAAGGGAAAUAAAGAUCUAAAUAUUAUUAUAUUUAUUAUGAAAUAUUAAUUAUUAUGCAAUGAAUAAAUAAAUGUAUAUAAAACAUAAAAAUAUAUUAAAGAAA